AUGCCGCCCAAAUCUAUAUUCCGUCAGCCCGGGACACAACACUUCCAACUCGUACAUCGCUCGCAGCGCGACCCUCUCAUUCACGAUCCCGAGGCUAGUCAGCAUGUCCUGAAGGCGUUCGAGCGAGGCAAUGUAGCAAAGGGGAAGUCCAGGGCUGAGCUGGAGAAAUCUCUCGCACCGUCAGAGCUUGCUCACGACAAGGACCGAGCGAACAUCGGCGAGGCAACACUCUACGGGGUUUACUACGAUGACACCGACUAUGACUACAUGCAACACCUUCGUCCUGUCGGCAUGCAGGAAGCUGGGGUCGAUAGCAUGCUCAUCGAAGCUCCUGUCAAGCCCAAGGGCAAGACCAAGUCAAAGGACCCCAUAAAAUUGCUGGACCUGCCCCCGGACGUUCUUCCAUCUACCUCGGAAAUAUCCAGGAAUUACGAGGCUCAACAGAAUAUCCCUUCUUCGAUAGCUGGUUUCCAACCCGACCUCGACCCUCAUCUCAGACAGACUCUUGAAGCGUUAGAAGACGAUGAUUUCGUAGACGAUGACCUAGACGAUGACUUCUUCGGUGUACUCGUCGGCGAAGGAGAACUUGCACCUGAAGAACACCUCAAGUUCGAGUUCAAGGAGGAGGGUGUUGAGAACGGGGACGUGGGAACUAAGGGCGAGCCGCACGCAGAGGCGGCUGAGGAUGAGGAGGAGGCAGGAUGGGAGGCUCGCUUUGCAAAAUUCAAGAAGGCGCAGAAGGAGGCACCUCCAACCGAUGCAUCGGACAUCGACGAUUAUUCUGAGGGCGGGGAUACCGUUGGGACGCUUCCUCAGUUCUCCGUCAUUGGAGGCAAGAAACGGCGAAAGGGUUCCUCAGAUGCUUCGGGAUACAGCAUGAGCAGCUCCUCGAUGUUCAGAAACGAGGGCUUGACUAUGCUCGAUGAGCGAUUCGAAGAGAUCCAGAAGCAAUACGACUCAGACGAGGAGGAAGAAGAGGACGGCCCGUCGGAUGAUUCCGACGAGGCCCCGGAACUCAUCACUACCCGCGAGGACUUCGACGCCAUGAUGAACGAGUUCCUCGACAACUACGAGAUCCUCGGCGGAAAGAUGCGCCCCAUCCUCGCCGGAGACACCGCGACGGAGAAACUCGACACGAUCCGUAAAGCGCUCGGGAAGGCGCGGUUGCGCAACGACGAUGAAGACAACAAUAGCGAGGCCGAUGACAUCCUGAUGCCUUUAGACGUCGACGAGAAGCAGGAGCGAUGGGAUUGCGAGACUAUCCUGACAACGUACAGUAACCUAGAGAACCACCCGCGUCUGAUUAAGGCACGACAGGACAAACCUGUCAGGAAAAUCCGAUUAGACCCAAAGACGGGUCUACCAAUCGUCGAUGGGAAGCAGCCCCAUUCGCGAACAACCACUGAUUCGGCAUCCGAGUCGGAGUCUGAGGACGACUCACGACCACGAGUCACGAUUUCCCGGCCCAAGAAUGAGUCCAAGGAAGACAAGCAGGCUCGCAAGCAGGCCGUCAAGGCGGAGCGCCAACAACGCCGAGUCGAUAAGAAAGCAACCAAGGAGCAGUUUUCUUCGGAGGCAAAACGGCAGAACCGGACAUUAGCCAACAAGGAGAAGACCAAGGCGCGCAAGCUAUGA